GCGUACUGAGAAUGCCUCAGGCCACAAUUAUCGCAUUGAACAGCUGCACCCGGAAGCAUACACCUCCACGUUACCCUCAAGCUCCGUCCCCAGUCAAGAGCCACGCCUGCAUUGCUUCCCACCGCUCCUCCUAUCCCUCUCGCUCCCUUCCCGACCGCCCUCCAUGGCCUCCUCAAACAAGAAAUACACCGUCCUCCUCCCCACCUACAACGAACGGCGCAACCUCCCCAUCAUAGUGCACCUCCUCGCCUCCACCUUCACCACCGCCAACCUCGAGUGGGAAAUCAUCAUCGUCGACGACGCCUCCCCCGACGGCACCCAAACCAUCGCCAACCAACUCAUCAAAGCCUACAACACCACCACCACCAACAACCCGCAAAAGUCCAAAUCCUCGUCCGGCGAACGCAUCAAACUCAAACCCCGCGCCGGAAAACUCGGCCUCGGCACCGCCUACGUCCACGGCCUGCAAUUCGCCACGGGCAACUUCGUCAUCAUCAUGGACGCCGACUUCUCCCACCACCCCAAAUUCCUGCCCACCAUGAUCCGCAAGCAAGCGGAAGCGGACUACGACAUCGUGACCGGCACGCGCUACGCCGGGGCCGGCGGGGUCUACGGCUGGGACUUGAAGCGGAAACUCGUCUCGCGCGGCGCGAACUUGGUCGCGGAUACGGUGCUGCGGCCCGGGGUGAGUGACUUGACGGGGAGCUUUCGGUUGUAUAAGCGGGAGGUGCUGGAGAAGGUGAUUCGGGCGACGGAGAGUAAGGGGUAUUCUUUCCAGAUGGAGUUGAUGGUGCGGGCGAAGGCGAUGGGGUGCAGGGUGGCGGAGGUGCCGAUUACGUUUGUCGAUCGCGUGUUUGGGGAGAGUAAGUUGGGCGGGGAGGAGAUUGCGGAGUAUUUGCGUGGGGUGUUUGGGUUGUGGUAUAAAGUGUAAGAUGUAAUCAUGUGUGGAGUGAACUCUGAGAGGAGUGUUUUGUAGUGGGCUUUGAGAGGGUUAUAGCGAGGCGUCUGGGUAGAGAAAG